AGUCAAGUCUUGUUGUGCUGUUUAGUACAUAGUAUUACAGGCGUCCUGCUCGGGCUUUCGUUUGUGAACAGUGGGCAGGGGUCAGAAUGGUCUUUCGCAUCGCUUGUGACCAGUGAACAGGGGGUCAGAAUUUGUUUUUCCCAGGAGGUUCUGUUCCGAGGCAAGGGGACCUAAGAAUAACCCCCUCUGUGGCUUACAGCUGAGGCCUGAAUCUGUCAUUGGAUUGUCGUCAUUCCAGAGAGAGAGUACGAAACGUGAUUCAACAUCCCAACAUCAAAGUGUCCCUUACGAGUGUGCUGCCACAGUGUUACUUCUAAAUUAACAGAAACCUUGUGAACGGCUUGCUGUCUCCUACCAGAUUCUCAAGGGACUUUUUGAGUUCCUACUACAGGUGGAACAGCAGGAUACAAAUAGACUUCUUGUUCUCUGUUGGCAUCUGCAUUCAACUGAAUCGACAACCAUGUCUGUCAUCGAUAUUUUAAGCAAUCCCAAUCUGGUCCUACGAAUGAGACUCGUGGCUUAUGGAGUCCUCAUCUUUUUCAGCUUUUUCAUUUUUGUUGGAGUUGCUGUAAUGAAGGGAGAGGCAGGGUUCUGUAUACUCUACUUGGAUGUGUCAGGUAGAUUGGUGGAAGAACCAUCUGACGCCAACUGCAUCUUCCCUGUGGCUAUUUCCAUCAUCUUCCAACUGUGUUACUCACUGAGCAGGAUGGUCAUGCUUUUCUUGCUGUCGCUGCAUAAAAUCAGUACUAGCUUUGUCCUGUUCACGGAUAUGAUGGAACUGGCAUAUGUUGUCACAGAUUUCUGUGCUUUCUUCUUGACCUUCAUCGGAGCUUGCAUUUUGUCUGCUGGUACCAAUGACACGUGUGACACUUUUAAAUGUGAUGGUACGGCCUGGUACUCUGCUUCCAAGGCUGCUCAGGCUGGAGCAUGGAUCAGCACAUUUGGAUGGCUGUUCAUCUUUGUGGUCGGAUUCAUCUCCUUGUGGCGUGCAGGGAAAAUCCCAUUUCUGGGUGGAGGAGCUGCAGCGACAACUGGAGCCUCCGGGGGGCCGGCAGACACCACGGGACCCCCCAUGGAGACACCACCCAACAACCCAGAUGACAUGCCCAAAUACUGAUCAAAAUCUUGUGCCUUAGCCUUAAUGAUACUGUUAGUAGAACUUUUUUUUGCUCCAUUUUAUAGUCAUGCUCUGACUUGUAUAUCUUAACGCCAUCAUUUGUUACACUCCAUUACAAUAUUUCUGUUUCUCAAAAGUUAUUCAUUGUUAUUGAAUGUUUUAUUCAGAUAACUCUUUCUGCUCCAGUUGUAUAAUGUAUUUAGCACUUAGAUUGCCACAGAAGGUGAACAUCUGUUCUUGAGACACACCAUAAAGAACUUCUGAAUAAUUAGUGUGAAUGAAUUAUGACAUAUGAUUAUUCUUUUGCGGUUUUGCUUGAGUAUUUCAAUGAAUGUGAAUUGAUUUGAUUUUGUUCUAAUACUGUGUACAAAAUACUGAAAUAAUUAAAGAAUAUAGAAUAAGUUGUGAGAUUAUCGUUAGCUUCAUGAGCCACAUUGAUGUUUUUUGUCUGUGUUUGACUGCACUGGACUAUAAAAAUUGUAUGUUUUCAUUUUGAUUCCAUAUAAAAAGAAAAAAAAAA